AUGGACAGUAAAUCUGAUUUGUUCGAGCCUUAUCGGGCAGCCCUGCAGGGCGAUUGGGAAUUUCUGCGGCAUUUCUACAUGAAAAAUGCUGGUUUGCUGGUAUCUCCUCUAACAGCCGCCAGGGACAAUGCAUUUCACUUAGCAGUGUUCAGCAAAACAAAAGAACCGCUUCAAUCUCUGCUUAAUUUAUCCGAAAAAGAUCGUAAGGUGAAAUAUGGGUUUUUAGAGCAGAAUGGCUACGGGAACACACCUCUUCAUGAGGCUGCAGCCAAUGGGAACCUGGAGGCCGUAAAGGCCUUGGUCGAUCAUUAUAGUAAGCUCCCCAAGGAAGAUAUUAAUGUAAAUAAACCUGAGGAUGUGCGCCCCGGGGAAGUUGAAAAAGAUCAAAAUAAGAACGAGCUCCUUGAGGCUGUGAACCAUAAAGCUGAAACCCCGCUGUUUAAAGCUGCUGCAUUUGGGAGAAUAGAAGUGGUGAAGUUUUUAGCUUCAAAAUCAUUAGAAAAUAUAGAACAAGGAGUAGAACGGAAAGGGGUAACAAAGCUUAAAAGCGUUCACUACCAAAAUCAACGCAUUCUGCUUGAUGCCACUGAGGGGAAAACAUUCGAGAAAAAGCCUGAUGCCUCCAUUCUGCACGUUGCCAUCACAGGACACCACUUUGAUACGGCUCUAUUUUUACUGGAACAGGAUGAAUCGUUAGCAACACUCAAGGACGUAAAUGGCAGGACCUCUCUUCACCUACUAGCAACCAUGCCCUCAGCUUUCAAAAGUGAAUAUCGAUGGGGCACAUGGAUCCACAGUGUCUUGGUGGCUUAUAUUACUGGGCAAAAACUGUGCACUAGCAAUGAGAAACAUGUGGAAGAGAAGAGAAAGCGUGAACUUGCUUUGAAACUAGUGGAGAAACUAAUAGAAAAAGAUUCUUCUUGGGACGAAACCAUUAAUAAGGAAGUGAUGAUUUAUGAAGACCAGGGUAUAGGAAUUCCUAUCCAAGCCGAAGGAAAUUAUACGACAAUCCCGUUAUUGCUGGCGACUGAAAGAGGAAUAGUAGAGAUCGUGAAGAAGAUACUAGGAGUACAUCCUCCUCUAGUUGAGCAUGAAAACGAUCUGAAUCAGAACAUACUGCAUGUGGCAAUUAAGCACCGUCAAUAUGAGAUCUUUAAUAUUGUGAAAACUAUGAAAAUAUCAAUGACAAGGUUAGUCCGAAAGGUUGACAGAAAUGGCUACACCAUUUUACACCAUGCUGCAGACAUGGAGGAAAAGACUACAAAAAUAAUUCAUCCUGCAGGACCCGUAUACCAACUCCAAGAAGAGAUGAAGUGGUACAAACGUGUAAAGGAGAUAAUGCCCUCCCACUACGCCGACUUGCGCGAUAUGGAGCAUGGCAAGACUUGCGAAGAGCUAUUCAAAAUGAAGCACGAUGGACUUCUCAAGCAAGCACAGGACUGGAUAAAAGAUACUUCUCAGUCUUGCUCUGCAGUGGCUGUUCUCGUUGCUACACUGGUCUUCGCAGCUGCCUACACUGUGCCUGGAGGUUCCAAUGAAAAGGGGUAUCCAGUUUUCCUCAACAGCACUCUCUUCUACGUUUUCAUAAUCAUGGAUUGUAUUGCUUUAGCCUGCUCCUUGACCUCCGUUGUAAUGUUCUUGUCCAUCCUCAUAACGCCUUAUACGUAUGAUGAAUUCCUCCACAAUAUCCCAAGCAAACUCACAGCAGGUUUCUGCUCGCUCUACAUUUCGUUGGUUACAACAAUGAUUGCAUUCAUCGCAACAUUAUUGCUCAUAAUUCGUUUGGAAAAAGCACAUCGGAUCACCACUCUCAUUUAUACUGCUGCUUUUUUACCAGUCAGCCUAUUUGCACUCGUGAAUUUUCAUUUGUAUACUGUGUUUGAGAAAACCUUUUUGUUGCCUGCGUAUGAGAAAACUUUGCUCAAGUUGUAUCAUAGAUUGUCUAAAAGUUGGUGUGUCACAAAGCCUUCACAGCCUAAGAAGCAAGCUGCCGGACAGGGUUCCAUUGCAGACCAAGCAGCUCCUAAAAAUCCAAUCGCAUACAGAGCAACUUCAGAACGACAGUCAAUUGUCUAA